CAACAAGCAAAGUAAUCCUAUAAGAAAAAUUAUAAGUCUAUUACUACUUAUAACGUUCUUGUUAUGGUAUUGCGGUAGACUCUAUGACUUAUAACAGCAUUUGCCAAGCCUAAACAUACUCAAGCGCAUUAGAUUUUAUAUCUCGGUCUUAUAGUCCGCUACAAGACUGACCUCUAAAACAUUUAUAAGACACUUUUACUAGUAGCAGCAUUUCACAAGCAUAGAUAUGCUCAAGAGUAAUUGUUUUUAUAUAUCAGUCUUAUAGUUAACUACAAGAUUAUCUUUUAGGACACUUAUAGGACUAAACAAUCCUGAAUAAUAUUUUGAUCCUAUACUAGCAUUUUGUGAGAGAAAACGAUAUUAUAACAUCCUUAGCUGAGACCACUACAAGUUUGUGCCGUCAUAGUCUUGCUCAAGACUUUUAUUAGCCUUAGAACUUAAUAAGAGCGCUAUAAGUUAAAAAAAACUUAUAAACUUGUAGAUCAAACACUUUAUUAGUAAACGUCAGCCAUUUUGUAACAUUCAGUUGUACCCGUCCAUUGUGAGAAUUCAGUUUAAUAUGAACUUAAAUGAUUGGAAACGAUUGAAAAGAAGUGGUGGUUACAGGAGAAAGGUAAAAAAUAGGUAUAAAGAAUUAAUUAUGUCAGGGUCUUCAGAAAUAAAAUCAAGUGCGUUAGGCGGAAUAAUUGAGGGUUCCGUGAGCAGAAAUAUUUUUCCACGUCUUCCCCACGACUCAGAAAGUGAAGAAGUUCAGAACAGCGAAGAAGAAUAUAUCGAAGAGACCACUGACUAUGACAAUAAUCAUGAAUUUCUGAAAGACAUGCAAAGCUGGGCUAUAAAAUUUAAUAUACCUCACCUGGCCCUAAACGAACUCUUUACUUUUUUGAACAAAAGAUUAGGUAAUGUUUUACCCAAAGAUGCUCGUACUUUACUUCAUACAAACAAAGAAACGGUGCAUAUUACAACCUCAGAUCCAGGACAGUAUUGGCAUAACGGAUUGAUUAAAUGCCUAAAAAAUACACUGCAGGGGCUGGAUUUGAAUACUUUACGAAAUACGAUUUCGUUAAAUGUAAACAUAGAUGGGUUGCCUGUAUACAAAAGUUCAAGACAUCAACUCUGGCCUAUUUUGUGUAACAUCUUUGAAAUUCCCCACAUACCUCCCUUUGUGAUUGGAAUUUAUGCGGGUGAAGGAAAACCAUCUGAUCUAAAUGCUUAUUUAGAGUCUUUUGUGAAAGAAAUGAACGAACUUGAAGAAUAUGGAUUAGAUACAUCGUUGGCGCCAAAUGAAUCUAAAAUCAAAGUCAAAUUAAGAGCCUUCAUUUGUGAUUCACCAGCAAGAGCCUUGAUUAAAGGUGUCACAAAUUUUAAUGGAAAGCAUGGCUGUCUGAAAUGUACGGUGAUUGGCGAAUACUCACAUAAAUCAAAUACUGUAACAUUUCCUAAGUCCAAUUGUCCUAAAAGAAACGAUAAAGAUUUUCGUGCUAAAAAAUAUGAAGAACACCAUAAGCAUGAUUCUCCGUUAUUGAAACUAAACAUAGAUAUGAUAGAGGAUUUUCCUGUGGCAGACUCAUUACACCUAAUAGACCUUGGCUUGAUGAAGCGGUUGUUGAUUGGAUGGCGUGACGGAAAGUUGGGAAAAUACCUAACCAAAUGGAGUGCUCGUGAAAUUGAUAUUGUCAAUAGCUUUUUACUGAAUUGUCAAAUGCCCAAAGAAAUUCACAGAUCAAUGAGAUCUGUAGAUGUUUUGGCCCAUUGGAAAGGUUCCGAAUACCGCUCUUUUUAUUAUCUAAGCGUUAUAAUUUUAAAUCACGUGCUCAAACCAGAACCAUUUUAUCAUUUUUAA